CGAAAAGAGCGGAGUGUGAAGUUAAUGGGAAAGGCUCUUAUCGAUGAAGUCGCUUCUAAUUGUUGUAUUUUCGCUGUGAAAAAAUUACAUUUGUUUUGGAAAAGGAAUGCAUAUAGCAGACUAAAUAUGCCACUCUCAACGUUUCAGAAAGUGACUUUAGUCUCCUGUCUCGUGUUGUGUGUGUCAUUGCUCCUUCCUAAAAUGCUAUUAUCGAGAGGAAAGAAGGAAGUAGGGACCCCGGAUGGGUCUAGCCAAUUUCCUCCUAUGAUAAACCGUCAAAAGAUGUCUGAGGGUAGACUACCAUCAUCACCAUUUCCAAAGUCUCAUAGUUCAGAUGCAAUGUUCAAGACAAAAGGAAUAAUGGGUGGCAAAGGAGGAAGUAAAACAAGUUUCAUGGGGCAGAUUAUACCAAUAUACAUUUUUGGAAUUGUCUUGUACAUCCUUUACAUUCUGUUCAAGAUUACUUCCAAAAGCCAAAAUAGCAAAAAUGACAAAAGAUUUCCUUUCAUAAAGCCAGAAAAUGCUAAAAGGAAAAUAACUGACUUUGAACUUUCUCAACUACAAGAAAAACUAAAGGACACAGAAGAAGUGAUGGAGAGAAUUGUAUCCAAAGUAGGCGAAAACCCAGACAAAAUUAAAAGUGUUGCCUCAGAACAUGAAGCAAAACUACUCCAGCAUUUAAAUGAAAUUACACGGGCAAUGCAGGAUGGAAACCUAAUAGAUGGACAUUCACCUGAAAAAGAGGCAGAAGAACUAUCUUACAGUGAAGACUGGGAUGGCUAUCCUGAGGAAACAUAUCCUGUAUAUGAUGAGCCACCCUGUUGCAGAGAGAGAGAUGAUAUAAUUUCAGUAGAUGGAAAUGAUGCAAGCCAGCCAUCUGCAGAAGAACUGGCAGAACAAAUAGAAGAGGAGGAUUUGCUCAGACACACCAACUUUGACUUGAAAGUAAAUCUACAAGAGACUUUUGACAAUAGCAGAGAAGUAAAAACAUUUGAAAAGGAAGCUAGCUUCUGUGAAAGAAGGGGUGUGUUCCUUUAUGAAAAUUCAAGUCUUGCAUAUAGUGAGAAGGAAGAAGAUGAUGAAGAUGGGAGCAGCAUGGAUUGCCAGUCAGAAGAUGACCCAGCUGUCUUAGCUGAAAAUAUCAGUUUCAGUUUUGAUAGCCACAGUGAUGAUGAAAACCAGUGGUUGAAUGAGUUUGAUGCAGUUGAUACCAUCAGACAAAACAAUAAAGAUUUAAAAAUGCCAGGUGAACCAAAACCGAGAAGUAUCAGGAAGCGUAAUACAAAUUUAGAAAAAUAAGUGUUGCAUUGUUGAGUUUAUACAUCAUACUGUGCCAGCAGAGGUAUUACUCAAUAUACAGCAUCAUUUAAUGGAUUUUAAAUUUUUUUAGUUUCCAGAGAAAUUCAUUUUUAUUUAUAAAUUUACCAUAAUAAUCAAAUAGCAUGAUAAAAUAAACAUAUUUAACUAUAUUUGAUUUUCCUGAAAACUGAAAGUUGUAUAAUAUGUGUUGUUCUCUGAAAAUGAAAUUUGCUAUAAUAAACAAUGAUUACUAUAGGCAGGCUAGAAAAUAUAACAUUCAUCUUAAAGAAACUAUUCUAAUAAUUUGAUUUAGAAUUUGGAAGGUUUUGUAUUUUUUAUAUUUAAAUAAAAAGAAAACACAAAAUCAUUAAAUAGUAUGCUCAAUACUGUUUUUGGUAUCUGAUUUUGGGCAAGGAGCACUCUCUCUUUUUGGCAGUUUUACAUAAUUAUCUGGCAUUGACCCCCAGUAUAUUAUCUCUAAACAUAAUGUUUGUGUGAAAAAAAUAUAAAGUAGUAAUCCCAGUGUAUUCCAAAACUGUGGAUUUUGCACAUCCCAAAGAUAUGCAGAUUAGAUUGAUUCAUAAUUCUAUAUUAUGAGAAUACAUUUUAUUGAACUGGAAAAAGAAAUAAUCUAAUCAUUUUUU